UCUUUGUACCUGCAGGAGCAUCAGCUCUGCAGUCAGGAUGAAUCUCCCUAUUUUGACUGCAGUCCUUCUUGGACUCGUCCUGAAUCCAGCCCUUGCUGAUUACUCUCAGCAGCAGCAGACAAAUCAAAACCAGCAAAUCAUCUUUGGUGGAGACUCCCAAAUCACUAUCACCGGUAUCGCACAAAGCGUGAAGAUCAACAGUCAAACAAGAGUGGCAGUCAUUGAACAAAAGAGCAAAAAUUUAUCAUGGAAAACGAUAUGGAACUACAACAGGGGUGUCAUUGCAACCAAAGUCAUGCAACAGAACACCUGCUACAUUUCCAUCAUGAACAGAAGCGAGAUGCCCAGCUUUGAUAAUCUGGCACGCCUGGCACAAGAGAGCAGGAACAUGCUCGGUUUUGGAAGGCCUCACAAGAAGAUCACCUUUGUCACCAGUGGAUUGGUCAACAACCUCAGGAAUUACGGAAUAGACAUCACCGCUAUGUGCAGUGGACUCACCACCUACAUGGCUUACGAAGUUCACACCUUCCAAGGACCCCAGGUGACUCUGGGAUCUUGCAUUACCCUCGAUGUCCUGAGAGCUGUGGAGCUUCAGUACUGCAUUGGCAAUGGCAGUGUCAAUUUCCCGACUCAGCAGAUUCCAGGCGGCAUUUUCAACAACACGCAAGUCAUCAUUGGUGGCCAGUCCCAAUUUGUGACCCUCAACAGGCAAUGGCGCGUGGCAGUCAUUGAGCAAAUGAGCGGCGGCGGGUCCUGGAAAACCAUCUGGAACUACAACACGGGCGUCAUUGCAACCAAAGUCACGCAACAGAACACCUGCUACAUUUCCAUCAUGAACAGAAGCGAGAUGCCCCGCUUUGAUAAUCUGGCACGCCUGGCACAAGAGAGCAGGAACCUGCUCGGCCUUGGAAGAGCAACCAGGAAGAUCACCUUUGUCACUAGAGGAUUGGUCAACAACCUCAGGAAUUAUGGAAUAGACAUCACCGCUAUGUGCAGUGGACUCACCACCUACAUGGCUUACGAAGUUCACACCUUCCAAGGACCCCAGGAGACUCUGGGAUCCUGCAUUACCCUCGAUGUCCUGAGAGCUGUGGAGCUUCAGUACUGCAAUAGCUAUGGCAAUUGGAAUGGCAACUGGAAUGGCAACUGGAAUGGCAACGGCAAUGGCAACUGGAAUGGCAACUGGAAUGGCAAUUGGAAUGGCGGUUGGAAUGGCAACAGCAAUUGGAAUGGCGGUUGGAAUGGCGGCAACAAUUGGAAUGGUGGCUGGAAUGGUGGCUGGAACGGCGGUAACAACUGGAAUGGCGGCUGGAACAACGGCAACAACUGGAAUGGCGGUUGGAACGGCGGCUGGAACAAUGGUAACAAUUGGAAUGGCGGCAUCAACUGGAAUGGCGGUAUCAACUGGAAUGGCGGUUGGAACGGCGGUUGGAAUGGCGGUAACAUUUGGAAUGGCAGCGGCAUUUGGAAUGGCAAUUGGAGUGGCAACGGACAGCAGAUUCCAGGCGGUAUCUUCAACAACACACAAGUCAUCAUUGGUGGCCAGUCCCAAAUUGUGACCAUCAACAGGCAAUGGCGCGUGGCAGUCAUUGAGCAAAUGAGCGGCGGCGGGUCCUGGAAAACCAUCUUGAACUACAACACGGGCGUCAUUGCAACCAAAGUCACGCAACAGAACACCUGCUACAUUUCCAUCAUGAACAGAAGCGAGAUGCCCAGCUUUGAUAAUCUGGCACGCCUGGCACAAGAGAGCAGGAACAUGCUCGGUUUUGGAAGGCCUCACAAGAAGAUCACCUUUGUCACCAGUGGAUUGGUCAACAACCUCAGGAAUUACGGAAUAGACAUCACCGCUAUGUGCAGUGGACUCACCACCUACAUGGCUUACGAAGUUCACACCUUCCAAGGACCCCAGGUGACUCUGGGAUCUUGCAUUACCCUCGAUGUCCUGAGAGCUGUGGAGCUUCAGUACUGCAUUGGCAAUGGCAGUGUCAAUUUCCCGACUCAGCAGAUUCCAGGCGGCAUUUUCAACAACACGCAAGUCAUCAUUGGUGGCCAGUCCCAAUUUGUGACCCUCAACAGGCAAUGGCGCGUGGCAGUCAUUGAGCAAAUGAGCGGCGGCGGGUCCUGGAAAACCAUCUGGAACUACAACACGGGCGUCAUUGCAACCAAAGUCACGCAACAGAACACCUGCUACAUUUCCAUCAUGAACAGAAGCGAGAUGCCCCGCUUUGAUAAUCUGGCACGCCUGGCACAAGAGAGCAGGAACCUGCUCGGCCUUGGAAGAGCAACCAGGAAGAUCACCUUUGUCACUAGAGGAUUGGUCAACAACCUCAGGAAUUACGGAAUAGACAUCACCGCUAUGUGCAGUGGACUCACCACCUACAUGGCUUACGAAGUUCACACCUUCCAAGGACCCCAGGAGACUCUGGGAUCCUGCAUUACCCUCGAUGUCCUGAGAGCUGUGGAGCUUCAGUACUGCAAUAGCUAUGGCAAUUGGAAUGGCAAUUGGAAUGGCAACUGGAAUGGCAACGGCAAUGGCAACUGGAAUGGCAACUGGAAUGGCAAUUGGAAUGGCGGUUGGAAUGGCAACAGCAAUUGGAAUGGCGGUUGGAAUGGCGGCAACAAUUGGAAUGGUGGCUGGAAUGGUGGCUGGAACGGCGGUAACAACUGGAAUGGCGGCUGGAACAACGGCAACAACUGGAAUGGCGGUUGGAACGGCGGCUGGAACAAUGGUAACAAUUGGAAUGGCGGCAUCAACUGGAAUGGCGGUAUCAACUGGAAUGGCGGUUGGAACGGCGGUUGGAAUGGCGGUAACAUUUGGAAUGGCAGCGGCAUUUGGAAUGGCAAUUGGAGUGGCAACGGACAGAUUCCAGGCGGUAUCUUCAACAACACGCAAGUCAUCAUUGGUGGCCAGUCCCAAAUUGUGACCAUCAACAGGCAAUGGCGCGUGGCAGUCAUUGAGCAAAUGAGCGGCGGCGGGUCCUGGAAAACCAUCUUGAACUACAACACGGGCGUCAUUGCAACCAAAGUCACGCAACAGAACACCUGCUACAUUUCCAUCAUGAACAGAAGCGAGAUGCCCAGCUUUGAUAAUUUGGCACGCCUGGCACAAGAGAGCAGGAACAUGCUCGGUUUUGGAAGGCCUCACAAGAAGAUCACCUUUGUCACCAGUGGAUUGGUCAACAACCUCAGGAAUUACGGAAUAGACAUCACCGCUAUGUGCAGUGGACUCACCACCUACAUGGCUUACGAAGUUCACACCUUCCAAGGACCCCAGGUGACUCUGGGAUCUUGCAUUACCCUCGAUGUCCUGAGAGCUGUGGAGCUUCAGUACUGCAUUGGCAAUGGCAGUGUCAAUUUCCCGACUCAGCAGAUUCCAGGCGGCAUUUUCAACAACACGCAAGUCAUCAUUGGUGGCCAGUCCCAAUUUGUGACCCUCAACAGGCAAUGGCGCGUGGCAGUCAUUGAGCAAAUGAGCGGCGGCGGGUCCUGGAAAACCAUCUGGAACUACAACACGGGCGUCAUUGCAACCAAAGUCACGCAACAGAACACCUGCUACAUUUCCAUCAUGAACAGAAGCGAGAUGCCCCGCUUUGAUAAUCUGGCACGCCUGGCACAAGAGAGCAGGAACAUGCUCGGUUUUGGAAGGCCUCACAAGAAGAUCACCUUUGUCACCAGUGGAUUGGUCAACAACCUCAGGAAUUACGGAAUAGACAUCACCGCUAUGUGCAGUGGACUCACCACCUACAUGGCUUACGAAGUUCACACCUUCCAAGGACCCCAGGUGACUCUGGGAUCUUGCAUUACCCUCGAUGUCCUGAGAGCUGUGGAGCUUCAGUACUGCAUUGGCAAUGGCAGUGUCAAUUUCCCGACUCAGCAGAUUCCAGGCGGCAUUUUCAACAACACGCAAGUCAUCAUUGGUGGCCAGUCCCAAUUUGUGACCCUCAACAGGCAAUGGCGCGUGGCAGUCAUUGAGCAAAUGAGCGGCGGCGGGUCCUGGAAAACCAUCUGGAACUACAACACGGGCGUCAUUGCAACCAAAGUCACGCAACAGAACACCUGCUACAUUUCCAUCAUGAACAGAAGCGAGAUGCCCCGCUUUGAUAAUCUGGCACGCCUGGCACAAGAGAGCAGGAACCUGCUCGGCCUUGGAAGAGCAACCAGGAAGAUCACCUUUGUCACUAGAGGAUUGGUCAACAACCUCAGGAAUUAUGGAAUAGACAUCACCGCUAUGUGCAGUGGACUCACCACCUACAUGGCUUACGAAGUUCACACCUUCCAAGGACCCCAGGAGACUCUGGGAUCCUGCAUUACCCUCGAUGUCCUGAGAGCUGUGGAGCUUCAGUACUGCAAUAGCUAUGGCAAUUGGAAUGGCAACUGGAAUAGCAACUGGAAUGGCAACGGCAAUGGCAACUGGAAUGGCAACUGGAAUGGCAAUUGGAAUGGCGGUUGGAAUGGCAACAGCAAUUGGAAUGGCGGUUGGAAUGGCGGCAACAAUUGGAAUGGUGGCUGGAAUGGUGGCUGGAACGGCGGUAACAACUGGAAUGGCGGCUGGAACAACGGCAACAACUGGAAUGGCGGUUGGAACGGUGGCUGGAACAAUGGUAACAAUUGGAAUGGCGGCAUCAACUGGAAUGGCGGUAUCAACUGGAAUGGCGGUUGGAACAAUGGCAACAACUGGAAUGGCGGUUGGAAUGGCGGCUGGAACAGUGGUAACAAUUGGAACGGCGGUUGGAAUGGCGGUAUCAACUGGAAUGGCGGUUGGAACGGCGGUUGGAAUGGCGGUAACAUUUGGAAUGGCAGCGGCAUUUGGAAUGGCAAUUGGAGUGGCAACGGACAGCAGAUUCCAGGCGGUAUCUUCAACAACACGCAAGUCAUCAUUGGUGGCCAGUCCCAAAUUGUGACCAUCAACAGGCAAUGGCGCGUGGCAGUCAUUGAGCAAAUGAGCGGCGGCGGGUCCUGGAAAACCAUCUUGAACUACAACACGGGCGUCAUUGCAACCAAAGUCACGCAACAGAACACCUGCUACAUUUCCAUCAUGAACAGAAGCGAGAUGCCCAGCUUUGAUAAUCUGGCACGCCUGGCACAAGAGAGCAGGACUUCUUCAUAG